AUGGGUCUCGUUCAUUUCGAAGAUGGGAAAGUCCUCUUCUACCCGUACACGCCUUCAAAAGCUGCAGGUGUCAUUUUCUUGUUUCUUUUUGCAGGUGACACAUUUGGACACUUGGGACGCGCCUGGGCAGGCUCAGCGCCUUUAUCCCCUAAGCCAUUCAUGUUGCAGCUCAUGCUCAUUCUCGUUGCGCCUGUCUUCAUCUCCGCAACCAUAUACGUCAAUCUCGGAAGACUCAAAGAGGCCUUGCUAGGCCAUCAAAGGCGGAAGUGCAGCCCUACCAGUAUCUUCAUUCUCACGGAUAUCAUCGCCUUCUGCACACAAAUCGGCGGUUCACUUGUACAAGUUAUUGCAAACCCAAAGAUCAUGGAAAUUGGAGGCCAUGUUGUCUUGGGCGGUCUACUUUUCCAGCUCUUCGUUAUGGUCGUCUACUUUGCUCUCGUCAUGCGAUUUCAGCGGGCUACGCAGAGGGAAACGAUUUAUUUACAGCAUUGGGGACGUUAUGUUUGGACCCUGAUCAUUUCGGUGGUUGCUAUCUGGGUGCGAAAUCUGGUGAGGGCAACGGAAUUCGCUGAGGGUUGGUACGGAUUCGUCAAUCAGCACGAAGCCAUGAUGUACAUUUUUGACUCGUUCUUGAUGUUCUCUGUCAUGGUGGCCUUCGCUGUCUUUCAUCCCGGUAAACUCAACGAUACAGUAGGAUUGGGGAAAAACACGCAACGUAUCAACUCUGAGCAGGUGGUGAUGGGUCCUUUCGGGAACAUAGUCCAGCUGUAA